AUGAGUAUGCCGGUCGAUGAUAUCGUCUAUGUGAGUCUGCUGCUGUUGUCCAUCCCAUUCGGGCAUGUGGUAAAGGUGACAAAGAGCGCGGCCGGCAAGCAGGCUCUCACUGGAGUGGUGGGUGCUGCCAUGGCUGUGCUCAUAUGUCGUCUGCACAUUCUCCACUCAUUAAUCACUACGGCCGUCAAUUGCCUCAUCGUCAAGUUGUUGCCGCAAAAGUACUGCCAUAUUAUUAGUUUGAUCUGGUGCUUUACUUACUUGGCCUUCUUCCGCACCACAUCAUGGUUUGGUGUACCAACUCCUCCUGCCUUUGCUAAUGCAGUACAACUCUUCCUGACCCUCAGGAUGAUUGGCUUAGCAUUUGAGAUCCAUGACACAAAAUACCCAUUAAGGAAAGGAGAGGUGGAUGAAACAUUACUUAAACUCUAUCAAAAUAUCAACCCCAGUGUUCUUGAUAUUUUCUCUUACGCUUAUUGUUAUAUGGGCCUGCUGGCAGGCCCUUAUAUGAAAUACCGAUCUUACUAUGAUAUGCUACAUGAACCAGAUACACAGUACAUCAACACGGUUGGUCCCAUGCUUCGGAGAUUGGCAAAUGUUCCAAUCAUUGCUGCUGGCUACUUCACAAUGUCAUAUUUUUUUAGUAUCAAUUAUGUAAAAACGGAUGAAUUUUAUGACAAACCAUUAUGGUUCCGACUGUUCUAUAUGCUGCCAAUGUUCUGUGUCUUCCGCUGGCGCUUGUAUAUUGCCUGGAUUCUAGCUGAAUGUUCCUGCAUGAUGGCAGCUUAUGGGGCAUACCCAGCCAACAGUCAGCCCAAAUGUGGCCAGGGACCCUCAGAUCUGCAAGCACUUCACCAAGUAAAAUCUCAGCCCAAAUGUAAUAUUGAGUACAAUUUUGAAUGUGUAAACAAUCUGUACAUUUGGGGUUGUGAGUUAGCUCCAACAACGAAGGAGGCCCUGCGAAGCUGGAACAAAUCUGUGCAGUACUGGCUGGCCAAUAUUGUAUACCGCAGAGUGCCUUUUAAGUCUUUCAGGGUGUCCCUAACAAUGGGAGUGAGUGCCUACUGGCACGGUGUGGACCCUGGUUACUACAUGAGUUUCCUGACAGUUCCUCCUAUCUUGAUGGCCGAGAGGGCCAUGAUCAACGCGUUCAGGGAUGAACAGCCAACAAUAAAACAAAAGAUUUUCGACUUUCUAUGCUGGUUUUUCCGGAUGCGAGGUUUUGAUUACAACUGCAUGGGUUUCCUCCUGCUCUCAUGGAAAGAAACCAUUCGCUACUGGGCCUCCAUCUACUUUCUUGGACACAGACACACUUUCCUCUCUCUGUCACCCUCUUUCUCUCUCUCCGUCAACUUCUUUCCCCCCCUCUCCUUGUCACCCCCUCCCCCAUCACCCUCUUUCCCCCUCUCUCUCUUCACCACCCUAUUUCCCCUCUCUCUCUGCCACCUUCUUUUCCCCCCUCUCUCCCCCCUCUCCCCCACUCUCUCCCCUCUCUCCCCCCCUCUCUCUCCCCCUCUCUCCCCUCUCUCUCCCCUCUCUCUCUCCCCUCUCCCCUCUCUCCCCCUCUCCCAUUCUCUCCCCCCCCUCUUCUCUCUCUCCCUCAUUCUCUCUCCCCUCAUUCUCUCUCCCCUCCUUCUCUCCCCUCAUUCUCUCCCUCUCUCUCCCCCUUCUCUCUCCCCUUCUCCCCCCUCUCCCCCCUCUCUCUGA